AUGCGAGAAGAAUCUGGACGACCUUUUUUCCAGGAGGUUCGCAGUGCUAUAGCAAAGUCGGUGUACGCAUCGGGCAGGAUUUCUGAUCGUGUGCGCUGCAAGUACCGGCUUCAACAGCGUCGCUUUUGGAGUCGCUGGGUAACGAAAGCGCACGGCAGACAUAUGGGCGAUCUUGGUUGGAUACCCGGCCCAGUGCAUACAUCGUUUACCGAAGUGAUCAUCGUUAGGCACGGUGAAACAACAUGGAACAAGAGCGGGCGUCUGCAGGGACAGUACGACUCUGACCUGAACGAGCUCGGUUUUCAGCAAGCAGAGGCAGUCGCUCGCCGACUGGCUCAGGGGGAUCUUCCACUCACUACAGUGUAUACUUCCGACCUAAAGAGGGCGCGCCUAACUGGUGAAGCGAUCGCAGCGGCUGGCGGCGUCGCUCAGGCAGUAAUCACAAGGGCAGAUCUGAGGGAACGUCAUUUGGGUGUUCUUCAGGGUUUGACGGUCAAGGAGGCUCGGCAAAGCGAGCCGGAAGCGCUGCGGGCUCUUGAAAGCAAAAGAAAGGACGUCUCAAUUGCUGGAGGAGGGGAGAGCCGAGCACAGCUGCAACAGAGGGCUGCGGCGGCAGUCGAGGAUCUCGCUCGCGCACACCGCGGCGAACGCGUCGUUGUGGUGUGUCAUGGAGGCGUCAUCCACGCCCUACACGAGCAUGCCACGGGUUACCCCUGUAAGGGCGAGGUAGCGAAUUGCUCCUUCAGCGUCGUAUCCGUCUCUACCACCGGCAAGUGGGACGUCCUCCAUUGGGGCGACGUGGGCCAUUUGGCUCACCUGUCUUUCUUGAAAGGGCACACUUUGUAGAAAUGGACGCUAAACCCUGAAACCCUAAAACACACUGGAGUCGUCGAAUUGGUUGCUUUCUGCAAAAAAGUGAACCUUCCAUUGUAGGAAAGCUCGGCACAGCUUAAAUGACAGUACAUAUUCACACAAAGAUAUCUCGAAUAACUAAAGUAUAAAAGAGCUCCAUAUACGUACGGAUCUUGCAACGGCAGCGCUGCUCCAAGCAAGUCAUUGAUUAUUGGAACGUUCCGAAUUAGUGAAUCAAGUCGCCACUUGGAGCAGAUUAAUGAAGUAUAGGCCUUUGAAACUUGCUUGGUUGAAACGCAAAAUGCAACCUAAUGUAUUUGUAGAAACGUAUACUGGCGUUCGGUAGAAAAGUAUACUGGCGUUCGGCUGAGUUAGAACAUGGGCGGAAUGUCUCUUUGCUGCAAGUACUAGUUCAAUUGAAGCCGUUAUAAGUUGCGAGAUGAUGCCGGCC